GUCAUUAAAAUGAGCGCAAAAAGGAAACCAUGGGUGAAGUCUGCCUUCAGCGAGUUAAACAUGACAGAAAAGGCCAGCCCCGCUGCGACGUCCGUAAAACGCACAAGAAGCGCCAGUGCCGCAGCAGCUGCGAAAUCGGGAAGCCAAAAUACAAAUUGCACGCCCACAACGGAUGCAGUGGUAGAUUUAACUCUCAAAGAGGACGAAAAGGAGGGUCCGACGCCAACAGUCAGUGACAAUUGGAUGGAGGGUUUUGCGCCUGCUACAAGUGACGAUCUGGCUGUGCACCCCAAGAAAGUCGGCGACGUGCGCAACUGGUUGCAGCACUGCGAGGCCAUGCGCAAGAAGCAUCCAGCACAAAUUUGUCUGCUUACCGGGCCAGCUGGUUGUGGUAAAACGGCAACGCUUCGAGUACUCGCUCAAGAAUUUGGCUACGAGCUACAGGAAUGGAUCAAUCCCACUGACUGUGAGGAAAUUAAUGCGCUGGGCGAUCAACCUAAUGAGGGUUCCUAUAUGGGCUCCCAGCUGGUGGCCUUCAAGAGCUUUCUGUUGCGGGCCUCGCGCUACAAGUCCUUGCUGACGACACAGAACAAACGUCUGCUACUAGUUGAAGACUUUCCCAAUGUGCUGCUAAAGGAUGCAACAGCUACUUUUGAAGAUUUGCUUGAUGAGUAUGUCAACUAUGGCAAGUCGCCGCUGGUCUUCAUUGUAGCUGACAGCAGAUCACGCGCCCUCAACAUCAGUUACAAGCUGUUCACGGAUCAACUGAAGGCCAAGCUGCGCAUUGAACACAUUAGCUUUAAUUCCAUAGCGGCGACUAUUAUGCAAAAGUCAAUGAAACGCUUCGCCACGAUGAUGCAGCAGCAGCAGCACAAGGCCCUGUACAAGGUGCCAACACAAACUGUGUUGGAUUCGAUUGUGGUGUGCGCCCAGGGCGACAUACGCAAUGCGUUAAUAAAUCUACACUUUGGCUCGCUUAAGGGUGCGCCCAGCAUGGCCACCAAGCAGCUGAAUGUGACCGCUACAAGCAAAGGUCGCAAACGGAAAGCAACGAACACUUUAAAGUCCAUUGGACGGGAUGAGUCCAUAACCAUGAUGCAUGCACUCGGUCGCGUCUUCAAUCCCAAAUAUAAUGAGGAUAAUGACAAGUGUCUGCUACAUAGUCCCGAAGAAAUAGCUGAGGCCUUCAGCAUUGAGCCGAGGAACUUUAUUAACUUCGUACAUGCCAACUACCUGCCGCAUUUUCAUGACGUUGCCAAUGUCAAUGCUGCUGUCAACGAUAUUGGACUGGCUGACAUGCUGCUCCAAGAAUACCGGGACGAUUCUCUGUCCUUGGUGGGCCUCACUAUUGCCGUGCGUGGCUGCAUGGUGGCCAAUGUGGCACCGGUCUCUGGCUGGAUGCCUGUACGCGGGCCCAAGCGUUUAACGAUUCAACCACAGUUGACGCCAGCGGAGCAAAAGCUGCUGGGCGUAGCAUAUGCUGGGAUUUCCAAACGCCUCUACGCCAACAAACCAUGAAGUCUGCAUAUUUAUAAAGAAAAAAAUUCCGUCAAUUCAGUAUUACAAUUCAAC